AUGGGUAAAAAUCCUAAAUUUACCAUUAUUGAACGAGCACAAAGAAUUGGACUAUAUAAAAGUGAUUACAGAAAGUUCAAUAUUAUUAGAAUUAUAAAUCAAUCAGAAUCCACAGUUAGAACAAUAAUUCAACGAUAUGGAGAUUCAGAUGAAAUGUUAAACAAAAAAAGAAGUGAUCAACCUUC